CUUUGUUGAUGAACUAAAAUGGUUACAUAAUUACAUUGAUCAGAAUUUGAGGUAGCUUUGCCUUUUCUAUUCUAGAUUUCGGACCAACUUUGUAACUAACAUUGUGCCAAAAAGCAGUUGAAACUCGUGGAAUGCCUAAGUGAAACUUGAUGGACUGAAAAUGGCCACGAUAACCUCGAACCUUAAUCAGGAUCCUAAAUGAACUUUUUGCCAAAAGAUUUCGCUAAUAAAACACAUUUUCCGCAGUCCAAAUCCCGCAAUAAAACCUGAGCUGACAUAAGAACACCGAUUUCAAUUUCAACAAGAUUCCUCCACCUCUUCAAUUCCUUACCCUCAAACGUAGAGACUGUAUCGGCGUCCGGGUUUAUCAAUCAAUUUCAGCAGCUUGCUUUGGUUGCAGAUUUUGGAGCCCUUUUAGCGAAAUCAAUCUUUCUAGACUUUGUUAAAGAUGUUGAGAAGGGCUGUUUCUUCCGCAAUCCCCCGUAUCCUGAAUUCUUCGAAUCAUGCCAGAGUUGCUAACUCUGCUAUGUCCUCUGAAACUGUUUAUAGGCCAAUUCUUGGUUCAGCCUCACGAUUUUUCUCGUCAAAUCAACCAUUGGAUAUUGAUUUUUCCAAUGAAGAAAGCAAGAGGCGUUUGUGCAAUAGGCUACUAUACCGGAGCAAACAAAGAGGAUUCUUGGAGCUGGAUUUGGUUCUGGGGAAAUGGGUCGAGGAACAUGUUCAUUCCAUGGAUGAAAAUAAAAUAAAAGCUCUUGUUCAUGUCCUUGACCUGGAGAAUCCAGAUUUAUGGAAGUGGUUGACUGGGCAGGAGCAACCUCCAGAAGCAGUCAGCAACAAUCCUGUGAGUCAUUAAAUCCACACAGACUUGCCGCUUCUUCAGUUCAUGCAAAUUCUGUGGAAACAUUAAUUUGAUCUCUGAAUAUAUGUAAAUGGACUUGUAGGUAUUCACAGAUUUGCACAAAAGGGUGAUGAACAAUCUCAACAGCCAUGCGUCUCCAGAAACCCGGGCAACUCCUGGACAACCAUGGGUGAGAGGCUGGGAUGAUUUCAAGAAAGGUCGCGAUAGCCCCAUCGUCGGCAACCAGUAACUGCAAUUCAUCUCCAACUGCUGUCAGCUUUUCUACUUUUGCCGGCCAUGUAUAGAACCAUAAGAUUAAACAUCUUUAAGAAGAUCCCUUGUGUGAAAAAUAAGGCCAGCUUGCUCAUCAAGGAGAUUGCUUUCAAGCACUGUGAUUCUGUAAACUGAUCCUAUUCUGAUUUUUCAUAGUUCCAACGAUCAUCAUCGGGUGCCAUUUUUAAAUCGGAAUCUCCCGAGAGGAAGCAAUGUGGAUGGAAAUAACAGGAAAUUCAUGAUUAAUUAAGUAGUACUAUCCCAUGAAAUGAUUUGACAAACAAACAGAGAUUAUGAACGUUCGUAAGAAGUCACAAUGGACAACAAGGCAACCUCAUUUUUGUGGCUUGUCUCCUCAAUGAAAC